ACUGCGGCGGCGUUUCACGCGCGGAGGCGAUGUGAUUCUGAUGCAGCAACUUUCAAAGAUGUCGUGAAAUAAGAGUUCAUUUCACUUCCUCCCAUGCGCGCGGCGCGUUUUCCCGGAUCCCGGGCGAGCCGCUCUUGGGCCUUUGAAUGGUCGCAGGCUGUGCCUCGGCGUCCAGCGUCCAUUCGGAAGCUUUAUACCCAUGAAUCGCUUUUAGCGCCCACACACCUUUUAAUUAGACAUACGCCAUGGGCUCUUCUGAUCACUCAUCUACCCCUAAGUAUCGAGUCAUCAACCCAAACGUUAAGCCCCUCUCUUAUCCAGUACGCAGAAACUACGCACGUAGCAAAAAGCUACUCCAGCGAUUCUGCUAUCGCGGGCAUUUCGCAACCUAGCAUAUGUCAACACCUGUGCACAAAUAUGUUCCAAACAAUCAGAAGGUCCAGGAGCUAGUCCCAGGUCCCAGAAUCGGAAUCAGGGGCUUGGGGUCGCAUUUCCAUUAGAAUGAAGCCAAACACUCUGCCACGUUCGUUCGUAACUAGCUUCAUAUGCAUAGCCCUCCAGUACACACUACUGCCACAAAAUGCCACAGUCCUGGGGCUGCAUGUGGCUGCGCGACUUGUGCUGAUAUUCUGAUGUGUCUCAUCUAAAG